CCCUGCACUGCCACUGUUAGCACCGCUGCCUGCCCACUCCUACACUCAAUGUGUGGAGCCACAGUCUUCAGUCCUAAGUGGUAGCAGAACUCCCUGCAAUCCCCAUGCUGCCCUGCCCCUCUGCCACAGGUCUAUUUAACCAAUAUAGUUAAAAGAGUUUAAAUGGGUAAUUUUUAAAACAAUUUUUACAUCCCUACAUCAGAUACAAGGAAAACUGGAGCAAAUGGUUGCCAAUAUAAAAUAUGUACUCUGGUUUUGUGUAUGCUUUGGGUAUAGAUGUUUAAAGAAGGAUAGAAGCCAAACAGUUUGUUUGCAAUAGUGUGUGUGGAUUAAUGUAAAGAAGAUUUGCUGUUGUUUUCCCCUAGUUUAACACUGUUAUUUUUUUGCAGGAUACAACCAAUAAAAUAAUGAAAGCAAAUCUUAACCAUUCAAUCAAAAUGAAAUGCGAUUUUAAUUGUAACCACGUCCAUAAUAGAUUCACCCCAUUAAAGCCUGAUGCAGCAAAGAUGAGAGUAGAAGAAUCCUGUGCUUCAGAUAAUGAAAUGGUGACUUGUAAAGACUGUGCCAAAGAGUGUCAUAAUCUACUGCAUAAUACAAGCCCAAGAAAUCUAGACCUGAAAACUGAAGGAAGGCCUAUACAUAACAAAGAAAACCAGCAAGUACUGUGCAGACUUGGGGAGGAUGCCCAUGAAAUGGAAACACUGGAAAACAGUAGGAUUAAUGAGGACAGUGGCUACUCUUCUAUGUUAAGCAACCAAAGUAAUGAUCCAACAGACCAUGAGGACAGUAUACCAUUGGCAGGAAAUAUCUUUGAUACACCAAAACACUGUCUUAUAAAGAACCAAAGCCAGUUACAGCUUCCAAAAAAAACCUCACUGCCAGUUACUCAUUUUGAAGAAUUAGUUUGCUCAACUUUGAAAAAGAACGGCAAAAGAAAUCUUGGCACCUGGGCUACUGUGGACAGAAUUAUUUCCAGGGAAAGCAUUGGACUUCAGAAUCUAAUUGGCAGAAAAAUGGGAUUAGAUAAAAUAGACAUUCUCAGUGAACUCUUCCGAAGGGAGUUCAGACAUCUUUUAGCAAACAUUUUAAGGCAUCUUGAUGAAAUGGACUUAAUAAAUGUUGCGAAAGUAAGCACAACAUGGAAGAAAAUUCUGCAACAAGACAAAUGGGCUUCCCAGCUGUAUAGUAAAGCAGUAAAACACAUAUCUGACAGCAAUGCAAAACCCUCAGAACAGGCUGCAACAAGGGAAUAUGUUCUGUGUCGAGCGGCUUUAGCUUCUGUUCAGAAAGCAGUACCACCAAGCAUUUCAUGCAAGAAAUCAUCCAGAGCCAAAGCACCCGAUCAGAACAGUCCUCACAGCAGACUUCUGGAGUUUUCUGAGGCUGCCAAGACCUUGAAAAACACUGAGAGCCUUAAAGUCUGCAGUCGCUGUGGCUCACCUGCAAAAUAUGACUCCUAUCUACAAAGGGCAACAUGCAGCCGUGAAAGCUGUAACUUUGACUUCUGUACCAAGUGCCUAUGCAGCUACCACUGUGCCAGAGACUGUAUGAGUAACAAGCCUGUGAAAUCUAGCUUUAAUCUAGGACCACUUCCCGGCACCAAAAAAAGCAAACAACAUUUGCGGAGGUUGUGACCUGUUGUGCUCGUAGUAGUGACAAGUGCACUGGAAUGGUUAAUUCCUACUCAGAAGAUAUCCUGACAAAAAAGUGAACAUGGAAGCGCUUCUUGUGAAUAUGUACUUUUAAAAAAGAAAGCUGAAUGUAUUCUAGAACCAUUUCUUAGUUCUACUCAAUUUUAAAACUUUGUCCAAUUCAAAACAUAUUUUCCUGAUGUAUACAUUUAAAAGAAAAAAAAUUGAUAUGGAUAUUCUACAGCAUCUUUUAAACAGUGUUCUAACCUAUCAGUCCUAAUUUGCAAUGUCCCUAUUUUUAAGUUAUUUUGGGAAUGUAGUCUUAAGUGUCUUCAAUUAGUAUUUUUCAAUGGUAAGAGGAGAGAAAAGAGCAACAUGUUUUUAGAGAAUGGGUAUAUUUUUAUAAUUGUUGCUUUUAUUACCACAGAAUCGUCUUUUUAAAAGUUUUCAGUGGGAAUUUGAAUUUGAAUGCACACAUUAGGGAGGUCUCUUAUAUAAGAAAAAUAAGUUAUGGUGGGCCCUUGAUUAUAAGGAGGUCUUUGGGAAUUUGUCACCUUGCUACAGUUUGAAGUUUGAAAGUUGACAACAUCAGCUAAUCUAAUGAUUUACCUGAAAUUAAUCUUAGAUUUAGUUGAUAGUUCUUCAUUUUCCUUCUUGUAAGAUGAAGAAGCUGCAGACUGUGAUAAACCUGUUACCAUACCCUUCCCUACCAAAAAAGUAAAUUGGGAUAAUACGUGGCAUUACCAGAAGAAAAUCACAUUGGUUUGAUUUUCCCUUCUUUCAUAAUUAUAUGUUGCAUUUUAAAAUUCUGUAUAUAUUUGUAAAUAUUACUUUAAAUAUUUUCUGUGUGUCUUCUCUGUUGUGAAUGUGAAAAUAAAUUAUGCGUUUUCAAGAGAAUUCAUGAAAAAACUCUACAAUUCUUGAUUAUAUUACAUCGUUUCUAGAGUUUAACCCUUCUGCACUGCCCAGUCCCUACAAUUUAAGUUUUUAAACCAAGACUGUACUCUAAUUUUUGUGUAAAACGUCUAUUAGAUUCAGUCCUGUGGUGGUCUACUUAUAACUUCAGGGAAGCUAGUGGAAGUUACUGUAAUGUAACAUCCAA